AUGGCUGACCAUGUGAAUUACGUUGCCAAGAUCUGCUACUUUCACCUACGUAAUAUUGGCAGAGUCCGACCACUUCUUACCAAGGAAGCUGCUGUCACUCUUUGUCGUAGUCUUGUGUCUUCAAGGAUAGACUAUUGCAAUGGUCUUUUGGCGGGCUCGCCUUCAUGCCUCACAGAUCGAUUACAGCGUGUACAGAAUACUGCUGCUCGCAUCACAUCUCAGAGUCACAGAUACGACCACAUAUCUCCAGUGUUACAAGAACUCCAUUGGCUUCCUGUCAAGCACAGGAUCAACCUCAAGAUCCUUUGCCUGGCUCAUCAAUGUUUGACCGACUCAGCUCCUGUCUACCUCUCAGAACUGAUACAACCUUAUUGUCCAUAUGGACCACUUCGAUCAGAAAACCAGAACCUCUUGACAGUGCCCAAAGUCAAGCUCACACGAUUUGGACAACGUUCCUUCUCUUACGCUGCUGCUAAAGAGAGGAAUGAUCUGCCUCCCCACAUCCGUCCCUGCUCUAUUUAUCCCAAAUUCAGAAGUCUAAAAAGAACUCAUCUCUUCCGUGAAGCUUUCUCUUGA